AUGAUCUUUAGCAACAUUCUCCUUUCUACUGUGGCUGCUGCCGCAGUUAUCAACCUGCCCCUCAAGGCCCGAGACCUCUCGGACGCCCCUGAGAUCGCUGCCGAGCUUUUCAAGCGACAAGCAGGUGUUUUCCACAGCACCCAAACGAAGGGAGACAUCUUUUACGAGGCCGAGAUCGAGAUUGGAACCCCUCCCCAGAAGGUCUCCGUCUGCUUCGACACCGGAUCCCCCCUUCUGUGGGUGCCCGGAUCUAACUCCACCCAAUGCAAGGAUAGCUGUAAGGGACGAACCUACGAUGUCAGCAAGUCUUCCUCCUGGCAGUACCAGAAGGAGGGAAAGAAUUGGGGUGGAACCGGAAAUUGGGGUAAGGAUACUGUGUCCUACGCCGGACAGACCCUCGAGGACUUCAACGUCUGGGUCUCCAAGGACAAAAUUGCCAACUCCCAGGGUAUUUUUGGCCAGUCUAUCUCAGACAACAAGCACGGCUCUUUUAUCCAAGGUCUCGCGGACUCUGGAAAGAUCUCCCGAGCUGUCUACUCACUCAACGCCGAGAAGCCCGUCCUUUUUGCCGACGCCUCUACCAAAGGAGUUGUCACCAACGUCUAUUAUGGAGGUUUCGACAAGGCCAAGUACGAAGGUCCUCUGACCACCAUCAACUGCAGCCACCCGGGUGGCUACGGCAUGCCUCUGGGCGGUUUGUCCAUUCAGGGAGAGGAAAUUCCCGAGGAGAAGAACAAGCGACAAAUUGUUCUUGAUACCGGAGGAAUCAAGGUCCAGUACUCUAACAAUACUGUCGAAGCUCUCAGUAAGAAGUUUGGUGGUGAAGGACAGUUCUCUGAGGGAGCCUGGGAGGUCGGUUGCGACCAGAAGCCCGAAAUCACCUACCACUUUGGAGAGACCAAGAUCGACAUGCCUCUGUCUGACUACGUCUCCAAGGGCAAGGAUGGCAAGUGCCGAAUCAACAAGAUCCAUCUUUCCGGCAACGAUGUCAAGACCUUGCUCACCGGCCCCACCCUGAUCUCUCGGGCUCUGGUCAUCUACGACAACGAGCGAUCUCAGAUCACCAUAGCCAAGGCCAAGUACACCGACGAGACCGAUGUUGUUGAGAUUACCGGCGACAUUCCCGGCGCCGUCCCCUUCAAGCCUUAG